ACAAGCUGAUGCCCCACGUAUGGGAUACAUGUUGUGGGCCACUUCCUCUGGUCUGAAAAAUCCCGGGUUUCCAAGCCUCAGAGCCAUGGACGCCGCUGCGUGUCUUGACAUUCUGAGCCGCGCGGCGCACACGAGUUCCCAGCAGAAUGGUGGCAAGGCGUGCGGCCAUGGAGGCGCACCUCAAAGCACCGAGGGAGGUUAUCCCGCAGCACAGACUGAGCAGAGUGGCCAGGCUCACUCGUGCUGCGGCGCAAACCCGGAGGCCGCAAUGGGCUCGCAAGGCCUUGGCCAGGUGUUGGAUCUGGAGACAGGCGCAAAUGAGACGCUCGGACCGGAGUUGACAGAGGAAGCGAUCCUUCAGCGAUUCCCAAAGCUACGCGCUCCGGAGACUCCAGAGGACACCGCCCCAAGGAGUGAUUCAGGGGCAGAGAUGGACGUCGAGAAGACGUUCGAUGGAAACAUGGCCGCGCAGAUGGUCCUGGCAGCCGUGGCGCUGCAAGAGGAGCGCGUGGCAGUCUACAAAGACUACGACGCAGCGUUCAAGUAUCUCCUCCAG